CCCUUCAGUACCUCCAUCACACAGCACUCAGACGCUCUUUGUUCUCGGACCCGAUUCAAAAUGAUUUAUUCUCUUGUUUCCCUCUUCGCCCUGGCUGCCUCCAGCAGCCUCGUCGCAGCCGAUGAUGUGUACUCGUUCAUUGGGGGAGAAUGCAGUGGAAACGCCUACUUCUUCCAAGACGUUAGCCCUCAGGUUUGCUUGGUAGGCAUUAGCAGGGCGAACACCAACAUUAGCACGGCGAUUGCGGAGGACCUUACCUUUGUCAGGUCUGGUCUGUUCGUCAACACCAACACGACUGUCGACAAGCUCUUCUUUGCCUGGACCGAAGGCCCAGACUCCAACAGUGACGGUCCUCUUCAGUGCGGAUCCAUCGCUGCACAGAAGAAAUUUAACUCGAGGCGCGGCGCUCCUUGCAUCAAAGCUCACAAUGGUCAAAACUUCACUGCAUUCAGCUGGGUCUACUCUCCUGAGGACAACGAUUCCAACUCCGGCGACUCCUCCUCCCACUACAAGAGGCGAGAGGAGUACAAGAAGAGGCUAGCAGCGAAGACUGACUCCACAAGGUGCACAAGCACAAAGCACCCUGACGGUUGUGUCAUCGACGGAAAGAUGUACUCCUUCCAAGACGCUUCUCUGGCUGAUAUCCAGAAACUGAAGGCGCUGGUUGCCAACGGCAACCCUGUCCCCGAUGACCUGCAGAAGCAUGCCAUGUAAGGGCGGAGCAAAAGCAUUCCCAAUCACUGCCGAGAUGAGAGGAGGAAAGCGUGGUAUUGGCCUUGAGCAAAUUCUGUUUUACCCUCUCUUGUCAAAAGCCUGGCCGUCUGCAUGGAUCAAAUAGACAUGCGUAGUAGGGAACAUAGUGUUUGUGAAAUUGUAAUCCUCUAUUACAUACUACCCUCUUGCUUGGGUUAUAACAAACUCGAGUUUGAUAGAAUAUACCUUUUA